GUCCCCCGGAGCAGGGAACAAGAGUAUGAGGAAGGGUAGAGAGGAGAGGGCAGGAACGGGGGGUCCAGUAAGGUAUAUGAGGGCCUCAGUUCGAGCAAACGCUGGUACUCUAGCCUCGCUGCCUACUUACAUUCACAUACACUAACACAAUCGAAACAACAGGAGACACAAUGUACACCUUAGUGACGGUAGCAACGGUGGUUACCCUGAUACUUUCGGUAUCAGCGCAACGGUAUCAACAGAUAGAUGAUUAUGCCGAUUACCAAGCACCCAGACCAGCUCAUCCAACUCCAAGAAGUUACUCUUCAGACUCGGCACCAGCAAGACAACAAGCGGCAGCACCGGAGAGUCCAAAACCAACGCCAGUUGCUAUUUUGAAACAAAUCAACAGGCACAAUGAAGACGGUUCAUACACGUAUGGGUUUGAAGGUGCUGAUGGAUCUUUCAAGAUCGAGACGAAAUUACCUGGUGGCGAAGUGAAGGGAAAAUACGGAUUCGUCGAUGACACUGGAAAGGUCCGAGUGGUGGAAUACGGUGCAAAUCAGUAUGGUUUCCAACCAGCUGGCGAAGGUAUCACAGUGGCUCCACCGACCUUGGUUGAUGAAACUACAGGCAAGGAUGGACUCCAAGCACAAAAUUAUCAGGAUUACGAUUAUCAACAAGCUGCCAGACCUCAAGCAGCACCUCAACAAGCUGUUCCACGUCAACCCCAAUAUCAACCUCAAUAUCAACCACAACCACAACCACAACCUCAAUCACACACCCAAGCUGUCUAUGCGCCAGCGCAACAGGCACCCUCACAACCAGCCUUACCGAAAGCACCAAUUUUCUCCCCAUCGAUUCCUUCUCGUCAAUCACCUUUGCUUCAACAUUCCUAUGACGAACCCUCGCCGACGUCUCAGGUUUACAACCAAGGCCCCGCUCAAUUUGCCCCAGCUCCGGUUCAGGAACGCGGCCAACCUCAAACGCGCAGUCAAAGUGGCGGAAUACUCGAUCAACUUGCCAGAGAUUAUGCUCUACCGCAAGGAGUAGCACCGCCAUUACACGAUAUCAGCUUCGGUUAUUACUAGCUCGUCUAGUCUAAUAAUAUUCAUCAGAUAUUUUAUGACUGUCAGAUAUCAUACAGUGCAUUAUAUUUUAUUUUAUUGGUUUUUUUUCCCUUUUGUAUUUCAUUCUUUUUUUUUUUUGAUAUUCUAAUUAAUAAUUUUUUAGUAAUUAGGUAUCUGUGUCUUAAAAUAGAAAGGAUUCGAGGACGAUUAGAAUAAUCAACGAGAAUAUUCCGCAACUCGUGAUAUUCUAAAUACGGGUUACUACCGGAACAAUUAUACUCAUUCUUAUGUUAGUUAUAGUUGAUCGAUAGUUCUUUUAGCAAGAGAAAAGAGCAAGAGAAAGAGAAAGAGAAAGAAAAAGAAAAAGAGAAGGGGAAAUAUCUCGAGGUCAAUCGGUGAAGUUGAUUCCUGUUCAAUGUUCUUUUUGAUUUUUUGAUUUUCUCAAAACUCUUACUAAAUCGAUAAGCAUCAAGAUCAAAUACGUGAGAAUCCUUGUUCCGGUAGUACAUGAUGUUGUCCUUGAAUGAUAAUCCUUCCUCUAAUAAUCAUUAGAAUUAAUUACACCGAAUUCUUGCCAUUGAAACCGAAACCUCGUUAAAUUACAUGAAUUAGGUCUGAAAAAUAUUUUACGAUUAGUUAAAAAAAUAAUAAAAUGUUAACUCGCACUGUACUCGUGCUCCCCUACGAGAGAAAAAUAAAAGAGAAAGGAAAAUGGACACGUGUAUUGUCGUGUUAAAGUCACGUGGGAGCCCACGUCUCUCAAUUUUAUCAUUAGGUUAUUAUAAUGUAAUUAUUAUUAUCGAAAUAAAGAGAAAUCAUUAAUAAAACGAACCUAUCAUAAACCA